AUGUCUUUUCUUGCAUCAUUAUUUUGUUGCUUUGAUAAUACACAGGAUCAAGAAAGACCCGAGCAAAGACUCACAUCUAGCCGUACACAUCUCUCAAGAACUCAAUCUAAUUUACAAAAAGCUCUGCAGUAUAAAAAUUGGGGUCAAGGUUUGGACGCAAACCAGAAGACAUCAUCAGCAAAGAAGUCUUGUUCUACAUUCGCACCAGACAUAAAGAAGGAAAUUUCAGAAGAAGGGGAAGAAGACAAAGGUAAGUCGGGUACCGUAAGACAGGAAGGUCAUUCAUCCGACAAAAAGGACACGCAACAGACAAAAGUCAUGCUUGCUGUUCAAUCCAAAAAUAUGGAUCACUCUGAUACUGCAUCCACCAGGGAGGGGGAGGUUUGUGAUUUAAAAACUCAGGCUGUUAAUGAAAUCACUGACCAUGCAACUGAUAGCUCAAAGGAUGAUGAGACGUUGAACAACGAUCACAGAAAAAGUGAAAAGGUGCUGAAGAAUGACAAAAGAACAACCGAAUUGCCAAGUGGAGGCAAGGUUGUGGAAAUCGAAAAUACUGGGGAACUGGAUACAUCUGCUGAUGCAGAGGGAGAUGUUGAGAUGGCUGCCGAAGCAGAGGACGAGAGUCUGGAAGAAGAACUUUAUGGUGGUCAAACACAAAUUCCGUCCGAUCUUGACUUGACCAAAAUCCUAAGUGAUCAGGUUGUCACGAAGUCGGGAUGGCUUCUAGAUGAACAGCCAAAAAAACUGAAGGGAAGAAAAACCCUAGUGCUCGACUUGGAUGAAACAUUAGUUCAUUCAUCUUUCAAGUAUGUGCGUCAUUGCGACUUUGUGAUACCUGUCGAAAUAGAGAAUCAGAUUCAUAAUGUCUACGUCAUUAAAAGGCCAGGUGUGGAUGAAUUUCUUCGUUGCUGUGGUGAAUUAUUUGAAGUCGUUGUAUUUACAGCUUCUGUGGCCAGAUACGGUGAUCCUCUUUUGGACAUUUUGGACACACACCAUUCCGUGCAUCAACGAUUAUUCAGGGAGAGUUGCUAUAAUUAUCAAGGAAACUAUAUUAAGAAUCUUUCUCAGAUGGGAAGGCCCCUGGAAGAUCUAAUUAUUAUUGAUAAUUCGCCUGCGUCCUACAUUUUCCACCCGCAGCAUUCAGUUCCUAUAUCCAGCUGGUUCAGUGAUACCCACGAUUGUGAGUUAACUGACCUGCUACCACUUCUUAGAGAUCUGGCCAGUAAAAACGUUGAAGACGUUAGACUGGUAUUGGAUGUUAAUAUCUGA